UGAGCCGGCCGGCGGGGCAGGGCGCGUAGGUCACCGGGAGCGAUGGCGGCGGCCGGCAGCUCUCCGAGCAUCGUCGAGUACUUCGGCGGAGAGGAUGGCUACCGCUGCGGCUACUGCAAGAACGAGACCGGCAACCUCUCCCACGGUAUGUGGGCACAUUCGAUGACAGUUCAAGAUUACCAGGAUCUCAUAGAUAGAGGAUGGCGAAGAAGUGGAAAAUAUGUCUACAAACCUAUCAUGAAUCAAACAUGUUGUCCUCAAUACACAAUAAGGUGCCAGGCUUUGCAUUUCCAGAUCUCCAAAUCUCACAAGAAAGUUCUGAAGAAAAUGUUGAAAUUUAUUUCCAAGGGAGAUCUUUCGAAAGUAGUGAGUGAAGAAGAGCCUAUGGAUUCCCAUAUAGAAGAUGUGGUCACAUGCGAUUUUGCAUACAAAAGUGAAUCUCAUGUCAGUCAGUCUGAACUGACUCCCUUGAGCGUGGAUCACACAGAGAGGGUGGAGAAUGAAGAUGAGGACACAGGAGAAACAAAAGAAGAGGUGAAUGAGCAGAAGGUGGAAUCGGAUUCUCUUCAGAUAUGUGCAGAUAAAGACACACCGGUCCCUGGAGAACCAUCGCAUUCAGCUAAAAUUGUUCAUGCACCACCUAAGCCAGGCAAAGGGGCUGAUCUGAGCAAGCCACCAUGUCGAAAAGCAAAGGACAUACGGAAAGAAAGAAAACUGCAGAAACUCCUUCAGAACCAGAUGUGCACGUUUGAAGGCUCUCCACUUCAAGCAGGAGAUCAAGUUUUCCUCUCGCAAAACUCUAAAUCUAAAACAAACCAACCUAAAACCAUUGAAGACUUCAUUUUUGUCUCUUUACCUGAUGAUGCACCACACAAAUUAGAGGUGAGGUUAGUACCUGUCUCCUUUGAGGACCCCCAGUUCAAAUCAUCCUUCAACCAGUCAGCUACUUUAUUUGCCAAGUAUCAGAUGGCUAUACACAAGGAUACACCUUCUGACUGUGGUGAAAAUGAGUUCACGCGAUUCCUCUGUGAUUCUCCUCUGGAGGCGGAGAAUGCACCGAAUGGACCAGAAUGCGGCUAUGGUUCUUUCCACCAGCAGUAUUGGCUGGAUGGGAAGAUAAUUGCUGUCGGUGUAAUUGAUAUCCUGCCCUACUGCCUGUCCUCCGUCUAUCUGUACUAUGAUCCAGACUAUUCUUUCUUAUCUUUGGGAGUCUAUUCUGCUUUACGGGAAAUUGCUUUUACUAGGCAACUUCAUGAAAAAGCUCCUGAUCUCUGUUUUUAUUAUAUGGGUUUCUACAUUCAUUCAUGCCCCAAAAUGAGAUACAAGGGUCAGUACAGGCCCUCUGACUUGUUGUGUCCAGAGACGUACGUCUGGACGCCUAUUGAGCAAUGCCUACCCCUGCUCGAGCAUUCGAAAUACUGUCGAUUCAACCAGGACGUAAAAGCAGUUGAUGAAGGUCGUAUUAAGGAACUGGGCAGAGUGAGAGUUCUUCACAAGAGAACCGUGAUGCCUUACAGUGUGUAUAAGAAAAGAAGGAAGGGGCCAAGCGACGAAGCCAGUGUUCAGCAAUAUGCAAGUUUGGUUGGACAGGCUUGUUCAGAAAGAAUGUUGUUGUUUAGAAGUUGAAAAAUCAUUAAAUGGCAUUUUAAUGUCACUACAUUUUUAUUGCACUGCCACUGGAUGAUACGUACUGUAGUUGUGUGUUGGUAUGCCUACUCAAAUAGCAGUAUGAAAUACAGGUAUAUAUCUAGGCUUGUGUGAAUAUAUGGUACUGUGUUUAAAGGUCAACUCCAAUAAAACUUACAAUACAGCAAGGCUUUAGCAAUAUAAGUUUAAAAAAACAUGCUUGCAAUAUCUUUUAAUUAAGUACUUCUAGCCUUUUUAUGCAUUUUGAAUAAUUCGAAGUAUCUAAGCAAAAUGAAAAACAGGUGACUCUUGUAGAGACAAAGGUUGACUAAAUCUAGAUUAACAAUAAUGAAAUUACAAAUGUUUUCAAACAGCACCUUGGAUAUCUGUCAUUAAAAAUUGCCAUGAAGUUUAUGCUCGCAUUUGUAUCCUCCUAAACUGUUGCAAGAGAAUUGAAAUGCGCUGUUACUUUCUAACAUGAAAUCUGGCAUGGUUUAAUUUUAUUUCAAUAGUAUUUUUAAAAACAGGAAGACAUUAUUUUCACUGCGCAUUCUUCGUUUGUUUAAAGCAGUAUGUUAGUGUCUGAGGUCCUAGUGAAUGUAGAAGUUCAUAGUAGAUUCUCAGUGCCAGGGGAUGCAGUGCUUUGGAAAACUUUCCCCUUUAGAGAUGAAACAGAAUAGUUGCACUAUAAAUAUACCAAAGAUGAUGCAGCCAGGUGGCACAGUGGUUUUUUGGUACAAGCCUUACCCUUUGUCUAAAAAGAGUGGCUAUUUUAAUGCACAUCACUGAUGUGAAAUAGAGCUUGGAAGGUUUAUCCUAUAGUUCUUCAGUGCACAUUUCAGAACUGUGAUAAAAAAAGACAUGAGGUACCAAUGCUGGGUUUUGUUGCAAUUUUUUUCUGCAGAAUUGUAUGGAAAGACUUAAAUAUUGUAUUCCUGUGUUUUUACUUGUUUAUGGUGCAGCAGCUCACAUGUUAACAUCUUUAAUAACGUUUUACUGAAUACUUCUGUUGGAAACACAGGAAGUUGUGAUGCUUUACGAAAGCACUUUAUUAUCUGAUAUACGAACGUUGUCAUUAGUAGUCUGUGUCCCUAUCAAGUCAUACAAGUUACAGGAAUUUUGGGAAAUGACACGGUUGUAUAAUUCAGUAACGUAUUACAACAUUGUAACAAUACCAAUGCAUUUGUGUUUCUUAUCUUCUCGGAUAACAGGAGGUAGUAUUUACCUUGAAUCAACUUGAAGUUUCCUGUUAACCUUUUGAAGAAAGAUUCUUAUUCAAGAAUAUAUGUGUAGGUGUUUUUCAGGAACCAAAUUCAAUUUUACUCUGUGAGGGUUACAUCUCCUGUCAUUCAUGGGCCUGAUUUAGUUUUAAACCCUUGGCCAAUAUUAUUAAUCGUUGAUUUUUAUGUGGAACAGAUGUAAGAAUUUUGGAAUUCAAGUGCAUUGCAGAUUUAACUUUUUUUCCCAUCUCUGUUUGAUCAUUGUAAUAUUAUUGAUAUAGAGUACAGCUUCAACAGUAAUUUAAAAAAGUAGUUUUAUGUUUUAUUAAUUGGGAUGCAUUGUAUUGAUCUACUCCCAGUCUGCAACAAAAUUGAUUAUUUCUGUCAGCAUUAUAUCUGGUAUGUGUUUACCUGUUGCCUGGUACCGAGACAUUUCUGUAUACUGUACAAUCUAGUUUGUCCAUGUCUUAUCUAAAACUAUUGCCACGGGAGAACCACUAAAUACUACUUAUGAACAUUAUUAUAAAGAAUUCCUUUCUGUGGAGAAAAUACUCUUGCCACUCACUGAAAUGUCAAAUAGGAUAAUGUUUUCUGCCUGCACAGUGUUGAAAAGUGUUGAAAAGUGGUGAUGCCUGUAUGGCUUAAAACCAAAAUAAAUGAGCAAACCUUUUUUUACGAUAUAAAAUCAGUUAAUGGGCACAGAGGAAUUCCAGUGUGACUUGCAAAAUCAUUAAGAUUAUCAAAGCCAUUUAAAGAUGGCCUCGCUGUGCUCCUGGAGAAGUUAAAGCUUCUGUUAAAUUGCAAGGGAGCAGACUUGACGUCACCACUGAGAGUUCUUGACGAGCUCCAUCUUUUUGUGCCCACUGUUUGUUACUGAUAUGCCUUCUAGAUGUGUAUUAGAGUUUUAUCUGAUGCUCUUGUUUCUCUUGGGGAGCUUUUAAGGACUGCAGUUCAAGAAAAGCGAGAUAAGUAUAAAAUUGAAAAUUGACUACAGCUUGAAGUUGGCGUUAGUGUGACUGCUAAAGGUAAAUGACCAUUUCCUGUGAAUUCUGACACGGUGCUUUCACUUUUUGACCUCCACUGGAACUGCAGCACCAUGGCAUGCUGGGCUUCUGACUCUUACUGAACUCUCUCUCUCUCUCUCUCGUAUAAAUAUAUAUAUGUAUUUUUAAGAAAAAGUCAACAUUGAGAUGAACUCAAAAAUUGCGUUCAUCUGAUGCUGAGAUCUGACUUGCUUCCUUAGUGUUAUUUUGGAAGGAAAUUGGUGCAGUAUUUUUCAGGACUGAUAGCUCUAUUCCUGUUUGAGAAGUGGAAUAGUCUGAGGAUGAAGUUCUGUAAAUUUUGCCAUUGACUUCAGUGGAGCUGAAAAUUCACCACUGUUACAAUUUUACCUAAUAAGAUGUUGUCAUUGAGAAUUAUUGAAUUUAGAGAUAUUUAAUUUAGUACAAACUAUUUUAUAAGAGUUUUUUUAGUGUACUUAGUUUGUGAGAGUUAAUCCCUAAAGUAAGGUUGCCUUGUUCUGUUGUCUGUUGAUAAAUGAGCAUAAAAUGGUGAUAAGAAAAUGCAGAGCUGUGACCAGUGCUAAAAAAUACCAUUCUUUGUUUUAAUUGGAAAUAAAUGGGGAGCUUACUAAUUUCCAGCAUCAACACAUUUCAGUAAAUGCAAAAGAAACCGCAUGUUGAGUUUGUAAUUGCUUUUCAGCCGGCCUGUUUGUCUUAUAAGUAUAGAAAAUAAAGUUAUUUCUAGUC